AUAGUGAAUUUCAUUGGGCUUCAAAAUGUCUUUGAAGCCCAAAGAGGUAAAUUUUGAUGUGACGUGGAAAAAAUUGAGUAUAACCAUAAAAAAUGUCCUGCAAAUGGAUCCAGUUCGCCAUGAUGUUUGGACAGAAUGCUUCUCUGAUGUCUAUUCUCUUUGUGUUGCAUUUCCUGAGUCAUUGGCUGAAAAACUUUAUGAUGAAGUGAAGCAACUCUUGUCAGACCAUGUGGCCAACUUGUACAAUCAAGUAUCAGCUGCUGGAGAAGAAAGUAUUUUAAUAAUCUAUCACACACACUGGAUGCAGUUCAACAAAGGUGCCAAGUAUCUGGACAGCCUAUUCUCGUAUCUCAAUGUACAGCACAUUCAAAAGCAGCGUUUCUCUGAAGCAGACCAGAAGUAUGGUCAUAUCACUAUGGACAUAAAUGAGCAGCACAUGGAAAUCGGUGAGCUUGCUUUUGAAAUCUGGAAAGAAGAGUUUAUCAAGCUACUAAAGGAGAGACUCGUAUUGGUGCUGCUGUCUUGUAUCAAGGCAGACAGACUCAAUAAAGGACUUGUGGCUCCCGUACACAUUGUCAAGGGGGUGAUAUUGUCCUUUGUGGAAGUGUGCAACUUUAAGAAGAAGAACACAUAUGUGCUGUAUGAGAGCGUGUUCGAGGAGCUGCUGCUGCAGCAGACUGCCGAGUUCUACAGAGGGGAGAGCAUUGCCCUCCUCCAGGAGCUGACGCCGUCCCAGUACAUGACCCGAGUCAUCGCUCGCAAGGAGGAAGAGAAGAUGCGCUGUGCCAAGUUCCUUCCUCCAAGCUGCCACGUGAAGCUGGAGAAGAAGGUGCACGUGGAGCUCGUAGAGAAACACAUGACGAUGCUGCACGGCGAGUGUGGCAAACUCGUGGCUGGUGAGCGCGUCGAGGACCUGGCCAACAUGUACGUGCUGCUCAAGCCCAUCAAGGACGCCCUCAAGCCUCUCGUCUCGUGCAUUCAAGAGCACAUUAAACAGCAAGGCCUGCAGGCUGUUCAUCAGCUCUCCGGUGAAAAUAUGGCGACACAGUUCGUAGAAAACCUGCUAGCGGUGCACGCCAAAUACUCGGGCUUGGUCGCCGAGAUGUUCAACCGCGACCACCAGUUCCAGGAGGCGCUGCACCGAGCCUUCGAAUCCGUUGUCAACUCAAAAAUGUCCAGAAAUUUCCCUAAAAGUCCAGAAAUCAUCGCAAAAUACUGCGACACAUUGCUCAAGAAGUCGACCAAAGGAUUGUCUGAAGGUGAAGUGGACGACAAGCUGACGCACUGCAUCACCAUCUUCAAGUACGUCGAGGACAAGGAUGUCUUCCAGAAGUUCUAUUCGCGGCAUCUCGCCAAGCGCCUCAUACACCAGCAGAGCGUCUCCAUGGACCUCGAGGAGUCCAUGAUCAACAAACUCAAGAGCGCGUGCGGCUACGAGUUCACAAGCAAGCUGCACAGGAUGUUCACAGACAUGACGCUCAGCGAGAGCCAGAACCAAAAGUUCAGCGAGUUCCUCAAGGACAACAAACUCUCCCUGGACACUAACUUUGCCAUCAACAUCCUCCAGGCUGGAGCGUGGCCCCUGGGCACCACCAGUCUGGGCUUCUCCAUGGCGCUGCCCCUGGAGCUCGAGAAGCCCUUGCAAUAUUUCGAGAAAUUCUACCACUCAAGUUUCAACGGCAGAAAAUUGACGUGGCUACAUCAUCUAUCUCAAGGGGAGCUGAAGUGCUGCUUCACGUCACGCACCUACAUCAUCACCAUGGUCUCCUACCACGUCGUCAUCAUGCUGCUCUUCCAGAAAACUGACAGCAUGAAGCUCAGCGAGUUGACUGAAGCGACCAAGUUCACAUCAGACGGCUUCAGCAGGUUCCUUCAGCCGCUUCUUGACAGCAAACUUCUCGUCACUGACUCUAAGGAGCUGACCGACGACUCAGUGAUCAGCCUGAACUUGAAGUACUCGAACAAGCGAUUCAAGUUCAGAAUCGCCAUGGCGCAAGUGAAAGAACAACAGCAGCAAGAGGUGGCGGCAGCGCACUCGUCAGUAGAGGAGGACCGCAAGAUGUACCUGCAGGCCGCCAUCGUGCGCAUCAUGAAGACCCGCAAGCUGGCCCGCCACACCGACCUCGUACAGGAGGUGAUCUCUCAAUCCAAGGGCCGCUUCGCUCCCCAAGUGCCGAUGAUCAAGAAAUGCAUCGAGCUGCUGCUCGACAAGCAAUACAUCGAACGCUCCAACAGCAACCACGACGAAUAUAAAUACGUCGCGUAGUCAUGCUGCUGCGUGUCACACGUCCUGGUUCCGCUCGAACUACACAUCUGCCCGCUAUAUAGACCGCAAGCUCUCCUGACCCUUUAAAAGUACCAUUGCAUUAUUAUUGUUUGCUGCUUCGCUCCUGGAACGCAUUUUUUUGGCGUGGGCUGUAAUGCUGUGGAUAAACGAUCAGCUCGCCAGCUACGGAAGACUUACAUGAAUGAUCCCAAUUUGUCCGAAAGAAGCAGUCAUCUUAGUUUACAUCUCACCAAGAUAUGCUUUGCGACCACUGAAAUUUCCGUGUCCAGCGAAUAAACAUGGUUCACCAUAUCUCUUCAAAACACAGCCUAAUGUCUGAUAUAAGUGCUGUAGAAAUGAUGAGUUAAGGCAUGAAAGUGUCUGCACAAGAAGUGUGUUUUGAUCAUUUUUGUGAACGUUUAAAAUAUACAUUAUUUUUUCGACUUGUUUGGCAACUAUUAUUUGGUUGAUGCCAUAUUAGUGAUGCUUUCAGAGAUCGUUACUUUAUGAAAACCUUUCAUAUCACUUAUUGAUAUUCUUAUUUGUGUCCUAGUGCUGAUGGAGGCUGGGCUUGUCCGUUCAUGAUUACUUGUUUACAUAUUAUUACUUGAAUUGGUUUGAUGGGGUCGAGACGAUUUUUUGUAUAUUACUGUACAUCAAAGCAUUAGGUCAGGCGCGAAGGGUUCUUCAAGUAACGAAAGAAGAAAAUGUAUUUGAUUUGCUUUUUAAGUUUCUUGUGCUUGUUGUUAUGUUGCAAUUUACAUUCUUCUCGAAUGGUGAACAAAAGCAGUCGUCAUUUAUGGAGGUUCUUUUGAUCAUGUCUCAGAAGGUAGGUCCUCGCGAUGAGCAAGUAUUGUCAUUGAGUCAUGCAGUAAUUGAUAAUGUUGUGGACAUGUAUUAUAUUGUUAAAAUGAAUACGCACUGAACUUUCUGUUUAACUAUUCGUUAAAAUGAUGCAUUUUUUGUGAUCGUUAUUUGCAAAAUCUCAGUUUCAUCAUCAAAAAGUAUAAUUUUUCGUUGCUACAUCUCUAUUUGUAUACUCCAACUAUCCUAGGAACCGUUGGUCUGCCUAUCGAUACUCGAAUUUUUUGUCAAUAACCUUUGCUAGUGACAGAAACGUCGGUCAGAUGUAAAGACCAUACGCAAUCUAUCGAGUAACUGAACUUGAAGGCUUACUUGACAUCGUUGUGGGGUACCUGAAGAAUUGAAUUUCCGUCAGUCUCUACAUGUUUUAGGGAUGUACUUAGAAUUGUGGAGGUUGCAGUUGCCUGUGCUUCAUGCUGGACACUGUGGUGAUGUCAGUGUUAUUGUUCAGGUCUCACAGAGACAUCAAUUGUAAAUAUCGAAACAGAUCGCUGAGAACGUUUUAGUCCUAGAAACGAAAACGUGUGCAUGAACGACCUACGUUUCCUUGUAGUGUGGCAUGACCAGCCAGGUUUUAUAUGAAUUUUUGUAUGACAGGUUGUAAUCUCAUGUUUGAGAGUCGUCCCUCUAAUGUUGCACGUGUGUGCGCGUGCCGGCAAGUAGGCUCAAUAAUUCCACCCUUGUUGUCAACUAGAAUGAGUGUUGUUGGAUGUGAACUUGGAAUUUCCACCGUUGUUGAUAAUUUUCUUUGUAUUUAUCCGCGAUACUCCCAGUUAUUUAUUGCCUCAUCUCCACAUUAUUAUUGAGUGAACCUCAUUGCCAUACCACUGCUUUCUAACUUCUUUUGUGAUUAUUAUAACAACGCCAUGAUAGGCCUGGGAGGUCUUUCAACUUCUACUGAGGAGAAUAUACAAUUUUCGCCGAAA